UUAUGAAUUAGGAAGAGUUGUUGAACAGCAUUAACAUCUUUUUCUCUAUAUAACCUCACAUCAUGUUCUUCUCUCCCCAUCCUUAUCCAACCAGCAAUUAAUUAAGCAAAAACUUCUCCGGUUUCCGAUUCGAUUUCCGGUAAUGGCAGCUAUGAGGAUGGACAGAAUUGUUCUUGUGACAGUUGUUUUUGUGGCGGCGUUUUGGGGAGGAGCUGUGGCACAAUCAAGUUCUUGUUCCAGUGCUAUUGUUAGCCUGUCUCCAUGUCUGAAUUACAUCACUGGAAAUUCAUCCACCCCGUCUUCUUCCUGCUGCACGGGGCUGUCCAGCGUAGUGGCGUCCAAUCCGCUGUGCCUGUGCCAGAUUCUCAAUAACGGCGGCUCUUCACUGGGUAUUACUAUUAACCAGACUCGGGCCUUGGAGCUCCCAAAAGCCUGCAAUGUCCAGACUCCCUCUAUUAGCCAGUGCAACGCUCCAACUGGGUCUCCCUCAGCUUCUCCUUCAGGAUCUAAGACUUCGCCAUCAACAACAACAACUCCGACUACAUCAGAUUCCAACAACACAAAGAUGACAAUUUCUGUGCUCUUCUUCUUCAUCUUUGUCGCUUUGCGUGGUUCGAGCCUCAUUGCCAUCUGAGGAGCUCUCCUUAUCUCUUCGCCAUGGAUUAUGGACCUUGUAUUCUUUUCAGAUAUUUUUAUUGUACGAAUAAAUUAUUUUGCCUGUAUUAGUAAUUUUUUGUUAAAAUAAAAACAGUUGCUUGUU